UUUAGGUAGCUUGGGCAAAACGGAUGUGUUUUUUCUGUUUCAUUCCCUUGCAAGUUCCAAACGUGGUGAGAGUCGCGCAUCCAUUUGCUUUCCUGAAGAAAAUCCGGAAAAAGUUAACUAUCCCCGCACACAAAUAUGACCGACGAAUACUUUUACGGAGCAACCCUAAAGGAGGGCAGCAAAACAGUGACAUGGGAUUCGGACAACAAGCCCGAAGGUUACCCGAGAACGAACAAGCUGGUCAUCAAACAGUGCCUGCUGGGGCAUGAGGCGGCCGCGGACGAGUUUAACGUGGUACAGGUCGAAACGAUGACCAUACGGGACACGCUCCGCAUACCGAUCGCUGUGCUAAAAGUGGGUGAACUGCGACAGUGCCGGAUGGAUUUGGAGUUCUCGGACGCGCCAGUUACGUUCACGCUGGUCGAGGGCAAGGGCCCAGUGCACAUUCACGGAUUGCAUCUGCUCGGUUCGCUAGUUGAGGAGUUUGAGGAUAUGGAAGAGAUGGAGGAAGAAGGGCUGGACGAGGAGGAAGCCGAUGAGGACGAGGAUGAGGACGGUGCGUCACAGAAGAAGAAGCCAAAACUGACCAACAACUCGAAGGGCAAGCCGGGUGGUGGCGGUGCGGUGGCCGGCGGUGGACCAGCGGGUAACGAUAAAAACAGAAAGAGGAAAUAAGCGCCGCGCGGACACGUUUUCUUUUAUCUUUUGCAACGGC